AUGCAGGCCCUGUGCUUCCCGCUCGCCUUCCUCGCCGUGCGGCUGGCGGUGCGCGCGGACUCGGAAGGUGCCUGGUGCUAUGACUCGCAGGACCCAAAGUGUGGCUCCACCCACUGGGAGGAGAUAGCCCCUGCAUGUGGGGGCCCAGCCCAGUCCCCCAUCAACAUCGAUCUUCACCUAGUCCAGCGGGACUCCACCCUCGGGCCGAUCAUCUUCCAAGGCUAUGACUCGGCACCUCCAGGCCCAUGGACUUUGGAGAAUGAUGGCCAUACAGUGCUACUCCGAGUGGACACUGGUCCAAAGAGCCACCUGGAAAUUUGGGGGGCCGGGCUGCCAUCACCUGCUUACCGUGCCCUGCAGCUGCACUUCCACUGGGGGAGGCCAGGGCGAGCAGGCUCAGAGCACAGCCUGGAUGGGCAGCGCCAUCCCAUGGAGAUGCAUGUGGUCCACAUGAACACAAAGUACCAGAGCAUGGGGGAGGCGCUACAUCACCCUGAUGGGAUCGCUGUGCUGGCCGUGCUGCUGGAGGAACAGGACUGCGACAACGCCAACUUCUCAGCCAUUGUGUCGGGCCUGAAGAACGUGUCUGUGCGGGGGAACUCAGUGAAUCUGAAGUCCACCUUCCCGCUGGCCUCGCUGCUGCCGGACGCCUCGCGCCUCUCGAGCUACUAUCGCUACUCCGGGUCGCUCACCACGCCCGGCUGCGAACCUGCGGUUGUCUGGACCAUCUUCGAGAACGCCGUACCCAUUGGGCGCACGCAGGUGGCCCAGUUCCAGACCGUGCCCCAGGCCGGGACCUUGGGCUCACGCCCUGCGCCACUCACGGAUAAUUUCCGCCCGCAGCAGCCUCUCGGGGGGCGCAGGAUCUUGGCCUCCUUAGGAGCCUCCAUCCGCGCAGCAGCACCGCCCCUUGCCCCCACCCUGACCAGUGUGCAUGGGGCUCUGCUGGGCCUGGGGCUCAGCAUGGGACUCUGGCAGGGUCCAUAG